AUGGCGACAACUAACAACUCUAAUAAAAGCACCUACAAGGCGUUGGAUGAGAAUAAAAUUGAAACUCCACCAAUAUUCUCCGUACAGGAUCCAAACAUCAAUGAAAUCACACUAAAUGUCAACAACACAGACCAGAUUGAUGAAAUGUCCAACAAGACCAUAACCGAUUUUUCGACAAUCGAUGACAGAACGAUAUUUGAUGGAAUUGGUGAUGCUAUAGCCAAAUUUUUCAAAGACGCUUGUGAUGCUAUAGCCAAAUUUUUCGUAGACAGUUAUGACGUUAUAGUCAAAUUUUUCGAAGAAAAUUAUGGCAUCAUUAUCGAAAUUGCUAUUGGAAUCGGAAUAUUUAUUUUAAUUUGUCUCUUUCCAACUAUUUUUGUCGGAAUAAUCCGAGCAAUAGGUUUUGGUGCUGGUGGAAUAAUUAAAGGAACCUGGGCUGCUACAUGUAUGGCUGCGCAUGGUGGAUAUGUUGUUGCUGGAAGCCUUUGUUCUGUGUUGCAAAGUGUUGGUGCUGCAGGGAUAUCUGGGUUAGGAGGGUUGCUUAAACUCCUGGGUGCACUUUUGCUGGAAGGUUCAGCACAUUUCCGUACUGAAAAUAUGUGA